UGAAAAUUUGCCAAUGUGCCUAAUUUGAAAAUUUUCUCUCUCUAUCUCUAAGCAAUACACUUACCUUCCUCAUUUUCCCACUAUACUAGCCUCCCUCUCAAGAACCCUAAUACAAAAACCCACAAGAUUUGAACGUUGAAUACUUUGUAAAAAAUGGCCGAAGGAAGAGACAGGUUAACUAGGCAUGAAGACCCAAUAGACAUCUACAGUCGUAGAAGGAGGUCAUUUGCCAGAGGUGGCAUUGGAAUCUUCGAGGAUGAAUCACCAGAGAGCUCAUCCAGAGCUCCAGCAGAAACAGGGAGAAUGACUGCUGCCAGCAUCGGUUAUGGUGGUAUAGGAAGGAUUGGUUUUGGUUCGCCAAGAACUAGGCGUGGACGACAGUCGCUUAGAACUCCAACCAGGGUGAUUGGUCGUCAAAACAUUUCACCAGCAGGCCAGGGGAGAAGUCGAGGGCGUCACAGUGUCCUUCCUGCUUGGUAUCCAAGAACUCCUCUCCGUGACAUCACUGCCAUUGUCAGGGCCAUUGAAAGAACAAGAGCUCGCUUGAGAGAAAGUGAAGGCGAACAACUUGAGAGUGUUCUACCCCAGGACCAUACUGUUCUUGAUCCUUCCGAAUCUACAUCUGGUGCUCCACUUGAGCACACUAGUACUAUGAUUACUCCACCUCCAAGAACUAGAAGAAGAUAUCAUCCCAAAUCUGUGCACAAGAUAUUGCUCGAUAUCACCAAUCGGGAGGAUACUUCAGGAGCCUCUGAAUGCCUUACACCAGAAAGAAAGCUGCUGAACUCAAUCGACACAGUUGAGAAAGAUGUGAUGGAGGAACUCCAUAAAUUGAAGAGGACCCCAAGUGCCAGGAAAGAAGAGAGGGAGAAAAGAGUUAAAACUCUAAUGUCCAUGAGGUGAUUUUCCAUUUGAUGUCCAACUCAAUCAAGGUUGAGGCACACAGGCCGGGUUAUAUUGGAGGAAAGGUAAGGUAGUGCAGCUGAGCAGGGAAGGUAAUGUGGAUCAUCUUCUGAUGAUCGAACACUUGGUUGAAUUAGAUAUCUUUCGAUAUCUUUCUGUUCCUUGUUAGAAGAAUGUACCUUAGUUGAAUUAACUUUCACAUCCUGCUGAAGGUUUUUCCUUUUGUGGUUAUCUUCCUUGUUCUACUCAUCAUACAUCGGAUAUAUGCAUUUGAAUAUGUACAUAGUGUCGGAUGCUGGUUUCAUACUUGAGUUCUGUUUUGCGUUUAAUAAGGAAAUGCAGUUCUAUGUC